ACAAUAAAAGGCACUUCACGCUAGAGUAUCACUCUAGUCCUAUCACUGACAUACAUCACUAGUUCCAACCGACAGACACAACAAGAACCAAACCUCAAAAAAUGUCAUCAGAAGAAGUAGGAGAAGAGUAUCUUUUCAAGAUUGUAGUAAUUGGUGACUCUGCUGUUGGUAAAUCUAACUUACUUUCCCGUUUUGCUCGUGAUGAAUUUGACCAUAACUCUAAAGCAACCAUUGGUGUUGAGUUUCAAACACAAGUUGUAGAAAUUGAUGGUAAAGAAAUUAAGGCGCAAGUUUGGGAUACUGCUGGUCAAGAACGUUUUAGAGCUGUUACUUCUGCUUAUUAUAGAGGUGCUGUUGGUGCUCUUAUUGUUUAUGAUAUUAGUAGAAAGAUCACUUUUGAAAAUAUCAAACGUUGGCUUGAUGAACUCAACACCCACUGUGAUACAACAGUUGCAAGUAUGCUUGUUGGGAACAAAUGUGAUCUGGAGAAUAUCAGAGAUGUGAGUAUAGAGGAAGGGAAAAACCUUGCAGAAGAGGAAGGAUUAUUCUUCAUUGAAACAUCUGCUCUGGACUCUACUAAUGUGAAAACAGCCUUUGAAAUUGUCAUCCGUGAGAUAUACAAGAAUGUAAGCAGAAAAGUUCUCAAUUCUGAUUCAUACAAGACAGAAUUAUCAGGCAAUCGGGUUAGCCUUGCCAAUGGAACCGACAUGUCAAAGCAAAAAGCAUCGUGCUGCUCCAGAUAGUUUUGUUUCGUAACUCUUAUGUUGAUCUUUAUUCACUUUACCUUUCUAGACACUUAAACUGCACCCUCAGUUUAAGCUGGGAAGUUUCUCAAGGGUGCAUGUCUUGUUGCUUUUAGUUAAUUGCUCUGUACUUGCAGUCUUGCAACUAAAGGGUGCAGUACACAAUAGUUCCAAUGGGGUAUAAUUGUAUCAUUUUACUAGGCUACGAAAUAAAUAUUUGAGAGAGGAUUGAGUUUUACAUAA